AUGAGGGUAAGCUUGAUCACCAGUCGUUGUGAAAACUUUACCCAUGUUAGCUGGAUGUUGACCAUCGAUAUCACAGCUUAUCAUGAUCUGGAGCUUCGGCCAGCACUCCUUGACCUCAUUUCCCGCAUUUCCUCCAAGGCCUUCCUUGGUGGCGACCCGCUAUGUCAAGACGAAGAGUGGCUGAAAAUCACUACCACAUACGCGGGCACAGUAAAUAAGGCAGCUGUGAUGCUACGCUUGUGGCCACGACCCCUUCGCAGCCUUGUCCACUGGCUUUUGCCCUCGUGUCGUGAGGCGCGUACUCAAGUUCGGCUUGCACGUCGAUUAUUUGAGCCGAUGGUCGAGCGGCGGCGUCAGGCCAAGGCAGAAAACCCUGAUGUCCAGUUUGACGAUACGGUCGAGUGGGCCGAAAAGGCCGCCAAGGGCUUGCCUUACGAUGCGUCCGCUGUUCAAUUGCUGUUUUCGAUGGCCGCAAUGCACACAACCACUGAUCUUUUGACCCAGGUCAUCCUUGAUCUUGCGGCGCACCCUGAAGUUAUCGAACCGCUUCGUCAGGAGAUCGGCACAGUCCUCCGCGAAGAAGGGGGAUGGACCAAGGCGGCGCUUCACAAAAUGAAACUCCUCGAUAGCGUCUUAAAAGAGUGCCAGAGAAUGAAGCCUGCUGCUAUCAGCGGCCUUCGAGGAGUCCUAAACGCGGACGUGACGCUCUCUGAUGGCACUCGUCUUGAGAAAAACACUUCCAUUGCCGUCUCCUCCCACCUACACUGGGACGAGGCAACAUACAAGAACCCACAAGAAUGGGAUGGAUGGCGGUUCUAUAACCUGCGGCAGACGCCUGGAAAGGAGCACAGCUCGCAACUUGUCUCAACUUCUCCUGAGCACAUGGGUUUUGGAAUCGGAACGCACGCUUGUCCUGGCCGGUUCUUUGGGGCUCACGAAGUCAAGGUGGCACUUUGCCACUUUUUGCUUCGGUAUGACUGGAAGCUGGCAGAGGGGGUUGUGCCUCAGACCCGUACGUUCAUGUGGUCGCUUGUUGCGGACCCCAAAGCCAAGGUGUCGAUCAAGAGGCGUUGCGUGUAG